UCUUUACUGUUGGUGCGCCACCGGAAAAAAAAACAGGGAAAAAAAACGGUGUUGCUAGGACACGUUAGAGUAAACAAAAAAAGUGUCAUCUAGCAUUUUUUUGCUGAUGCAAAUUAGUUUCAAAUCUAUUCAUUUAUAUUUAACCAGAGAAAUGAAUUUGGCUGGGAAAAUAAAGGAACCUGACCCCCUGAACCCAAAAGUCUUGCUAUGGGCAGAUGUAAGCUACAGUGACAUGGAGGAAAUUGAAAACAACAAGGCCAUACCAGAGCUAGAGAGGUCUCUAAUCCUUGUUUGUGGCCACACACACACAAAAUCCCUGACAUUGUGGUUAACUGGUUACUUUUUACUCAGAACUCUAUGCUGUGUGCUGGGAGUAAACAUUCCUGAGCCGAGGAGGGGAGUCCUGCUGGAGCUCUAUGUCCACACAGUGCUGUUCUGUAGAGAGAACAACUUCAACAGGGAGCAGACAUCUGUCCUCCUCUCCAUCGUCAAGAGCAUGCAUCAGGCUAACACUGAAACUCCACUCAACAAUAUGGGCCAUUGCUACGCAUACUGCAGUGAACUUCUGCUCUGUCACUCUGUCAGGAGGCCUCCCUUCAGUAUCAGCCUGUUCAGCUCUGAGGACGUGACCCAGAUCUUGAAGUUUCUCCUUAACACCUAUUUUAGACAUUACAAUCUGUACAAGUACAUAUUCACCCCUCAGGUUAGAUUGGAUCUGUCUUUUUCCUACUCUGGCAUGCCAGACGAAGACCCUGUCACUGAGACUGACGCAGUAUCAUCAGAUGGGUACGACAAGAAGGAAAAUGAGCCAGAGACUGCAGAAGGGGAACAGCCCAUUGAAGCAAUGAACACAGGUCCAGAGGUGGCUACUACAGAUCCAUCGCCCAAGUCAGAGUUGAGGACGAUAAUACAACAGGAAAUGAGAGAGGAGAUGAUACAUAUGUCAAGGCAACUAGAGCAACGAUUGAAGGAAAGUGCAGAUCGGCUAAAUAGCGCACUGACUUCACUGGAGACCAAUCUCCAAGGCAAAAAGUAAACAUCAAAGCCUGAUUUUUAUCUAUGCAUUUCAUUCUGUUCUUUGCACAUGCUGUUCUUUGCACUAAAACACGUUAGUCAAAUUUGAGAUAUAGGUUAUUUGUGGGUGUCUGUCAGUAAAGAGGUUGAUUGCGUAAUCAUGUUUUUGUUAACUCCUUUAAACACAAAAUCAACACACAAAUAUUACAAAGUAAAUAGGUUACUUUCAUUAUCAAUAAAACAUUGGUCUUUCA